GUAAAGUUUAUGCGGACGCUAUUCUAGGCCUACUAAGACGGAUGGUUUUCAAGGUUUUUUGGGUUUCUAACGAGAUUUUGAGAGCGCGGUUUGGUGUGUAUCCUCGGUGGGACUGAUUUUGGCGUUUAUUUUUUGGUUUUGGGAGCUGUAUGGACUGUGAAGUGUUUGUGGUUAGUGGUAUGGGCGGUUUUUGACCAGGAGUACUACAAGUACCGCACGUACCAUCUACAGUCGUACCAGUCGUUUUGAUGAUGUUGAAAGAGCGUGAUAACACGUCGUCUCCUUGCUCGAGCUUAGGUGGUUCCUCUGGGAUUGAAGCCUCGUCUUGUGCGGGAUGCGGAGAGCGGAUCCACGAUAGGUACUACCUCUUGGCCGUUGACAGACAAUGGCAUGCGUCAUGUUUGAAAUGUUGCGAAUGCAAGUUGCCGCUAGAUUCGGAUUUGACGUGUUUUGCGCGCGAUGGGAAUAUUUAUUGUAAAGAAGAUUAUUACAGAAUGUUUGCAGUCACAAGGUGCGGUAGAUGUCAUGCAGGCAUAUCAGCGAACGAAUUAGUAAUGAGAGCAAGAGAUCUGGUCUAUCAUCUUCACUGUUUUUCAUGCGUUUCUUGCGGCGUGCCAUUAUCGAAAGGUGACCACUUUGGCAUGCGGGAAGGCCUUAUAUAUUGCAGGCCGCAUUACGAAAUACUAGACUUCUGUGAUCCCCACGAUCCCAUGGACGUCAUGUAUAAUGGCGGAGGAUCUCCCGGGUACUAUCCAGCGAGCACCCCACCACAACAUACCAAAGGAAGACCAAGGAAGAAAAGAAUAAUCACCGAAGACGAAACGUCCUGCGGAGAAAUGCCUGUAACUAUGAGAAUGGCAGCUGCAACUCUAGAAAUGCUUCAACAAGGCGAGCUGUCAUCGUCCAUGGAGUCUUUGUCCUACGACUCUUCCGUAACAUCGCCGGCCUCUAGCAACGGCCAUCAAAGUCAAAGGACAAAGAGGAUGAGAACCUCCUUCAAACACCACCAGCUGAGAACAAUGAAGACCUAUUUCGCAAUCAAUCAAAAUCCUGACGCGAAGGACCUUAAGCAAUUAGCACAGAAAACUGGACUGUCGAAAAGAGUGUUGCAGGUAUGGUUUCAAAACGCCAGAGCAAAAUGGAGACGAAACCUCAUGCGCCAAGAAGGUUCUAACAACAACAACGGCCAGACUCAGUGCCCCAAUGGUCCCCCUUCGGCUGGCUCUGGAAUAGUCGACUCCAGCAGCCUUUCCCACCAAACCUUAGAUGAAUUGCACCACCACAUACAUUCCCAAAAUUCACAAACUCUGAGCUUUAGUGAUAUUUAUUAGGUGUUAUGUUUAGUGAUAUUUUGUCGGAGAUAUUUAUUUAUGAUAUUAAAAUAUGAAAUUUGAGAAAAAAAAUGUGAUAAGUAUUUUUGGAAACAUGGCAUUUUAGUUCAACACAAAUAGAAUGGCAAAUAUUACAUAAAUAUGGACAUUACUUCUAAUUUAAAUAUGUAGUCUUCUUCUUAAGGUGCAGUCUUCUUUCAAAGAUUGGCGAUCAACAUGACUAUUUGUAUUUUGCUACAGCUGGUUAAAAGCUGGUUAGACGAGCAAUUGAGCAUGGCAUUCUUCACCUUCCAACGCUAGGCUUUCCUAGAAUCUUUCCCUGUAUGAUAUUCUGCAGAAGCUGGUAUUUUGUUCUUCUCAUCAUAUGGCCAAGGUAUUGUAGAUCUUAAUUUCAUUACUCAGUUAUGUUUCCUUUGAAAGUCUUCUGAAGACUUAUUCAUUCGUGACUCUUAUAUAAACUUUUUGAACUAUGUUCUCCACAUCUUCAAUAUUCUCUGCCAUAACCACGGUGUCAUCUGCAUACCUUAAAGCCUUAAGUUAUUUACUAUUAACUACAACUUCUUUGUCAAAUACCUCUUGCACAAUAUCUUCCUAGUACAAAUUAAUAGCAAUAUAGAGAAAAUGCAACCUUAACGUACCCCUCUUUCAAUUUUGAUUUUCUCUGAUUACGUGUUUAUGUGCGCUGUCUGCUUAUAAUACGUUUUCUGUUCUUAAAUCUCGCUUGUCUAUAUUCUUUUGUUUCAUAAUUUUCAUUAGUUGUUCGUGCCUUUAAACUAAAUUAUCCAAAAGCAUUAUAGGUUUUUUACAAACUUUUUCGGUUCUAUCAGACCAUCAUCAGUGAAAACAUCCUAAAAGUAAUGGAAUCUAGCCAUAUAUCAAGAUCUAAUGACUCAUUACAUAGAUUACAAGUUGAAAAUAUUAGGUUUGUUCUAGCAAACAGUUAAACUAGUCAGAAACCGUCAGCAAACAGUUGGUCAGUGAGAAAACAUAAUACAGUCACCAGUGCUAUCCCUCUACUCGCGCUGGUCCACUAUUCGCUGAUGGUUUCAAACCGUUUGAAACUGAUUCUAGAACAAACCUAAUAUAUUUUAAAAAUGUUAUGACAGGAGGUCGAUAUUAUAUGAUUUCUCUUUAAGGGACAUAGAGACCUGGAUCCCGCGUACCAAAAAAGUUGAUUAAUAGCAAGCUGAAAAUUUCUUAAUAGCUUAACGGUGUCUAGUAGGCCAAACUAUGAUGUACGGGAACACUGGAACAGGGGAAGUUUUAAUUGUGGAACAGGUUAAAAAUUUGGAACGUCAGACUACGAAAACGUUCCAUGUAUUUUGUCAGACAGAACUUCCAAUUGAUUUGUUACCAUGUCAUUAAACUUUUAUGCGAAAAUCAGACUGGUGUUUAUCAACAACUGGGCAUUUUAAUGAAACACGAAUAACAUGAUUAAUUAUUUAUAUGGGAAAUAAGCCACAAUUAAAAUGAAAAAAAUAAUUUUAUUAACGUUUCGACGCCCAAAUCGGGUAUUUUGACAACGGCACCCGAUUUGGGCGUCGAAACGUUAAUAAAAUUAUUUUUUUCAUUUUAAUUGUGGCUUAUUUCCCAUAUAAAUAAUUAAUCAUAAAAAAUGCCACAAGGAAAUAGCUUCAGAACAACGAAUAACAUGUCAAAUGACAGGAAUCAUGUUGGUUAGUAAUAGCAGUCUGAUUUUUGCAUGAGAGUUUAAUGAAAGGAUAACAAAUCAAUUGGAUAUUCUGUCCGACAAAAUACAUGGGACGUUUUCGUAAUCU